CCAGUCGGAGCGUCUCCGUACGUGCUGUGCGUCGCGUGCGUGCGUACGCACGGCCUGUGAGCGGGCGGGGGAGGAGUGGCGCGGUGGGAGGAGGCCCCGCCCGGUCAGCGAGGUCGCGCGUGCCCAGUGAGGCCGCCAAGAUGGUGGUGGGCGCGUUCCCCAUGGCGAAGCUGCUCUACCUGGGCAUCCGGCAGGUCAGCAAGCCGCUGGCCAACCGCAUCAAGGACGCCGCCCGCCGCAGCGAAUUCUUCAAGACCUACAUCUGCCUCCCGCCGGCUCAGCUGUACCACUGGGUGGAGAUGCGGACCAAGAUGCGCAUCAUGGGCUUCCGGGGCACGACUAUCAAACCGCUGAACGAGGAGGCGGCCGCCGACCUGGGCGCCGAGCUGCUGGGCGAGGCCACCAUCUUCGUGGUGGGCGGAGGCUGCCUGGUGCUGGAGUACAUGCGCCAGCAGUCGCAGCAGCGCCACAAGGAGGAGGAGCAGCGCGCCGCCUGGACCGCGCUGCUGGACGAGGUGGGCCGCCUGGCGCUCACCCUGGAGGCGCUGCAGGCGCAGGUGCAGGCGGUGCCCACGCCGGGCGCCCUGGAGGAGGUGCGCGCCGAGCUGCAGGAGGUGCGCGCCCAGCUCCGCGCCCGGGACCCGCCGCCCAAGUGCCAGGCGGCCCCUGUGGUGUCUCCGUCCAAGUAGGAGACUGCUGAGACCUGAACUUCGGUGUGGUCACGUGCGUGGCUCUCUCCCCACACCGGGCUCAAGCGGACGCCACCGGGAUCGUAAUGCAACCGUGGCAUUCAGUCACCCCAACUGACAAAUCCGAGGGGCUUCCCCUUGGAGGCACCUCUGGCAGCAGAGAUGGGAGAGAGCCCCUCCGACCUCUGACUCACUGGCGCCAUCCGCAGGGCCAGGCCCCCACCCACGCCAUCAUCGCCACCAAAAGUGGUGGCGCACGCCUUUAAUCCUAGCCCUCAGGAGGCAGAGAUAGGAGGAUCGCUGUGAGUUCGAGGCCAGCCUGAGACUACAUAGUGAAUUCCAGGUCAGCCUGGGCUAGAGCGAGACCCUACCUCAAAAAGCAAAAAAAAAAAAAAAAAGUGGAAAUGGCUGCUUUGAGCCAAAUGACCUUUGUCACGAUGGGACUCAGGGGCUGUAAGAAAGCCCUGCUCAGUUGUGGCUCACCUCAUGAGCUGCAGCUGGCUUCUGCAGAAAAGGGUCAUUGCAUCCUCCUUUUCUUCCGCCUACUUCCUCUGCGCCCCUAGGGCUAGAUUCCUGCCCGGCUCUCAGUCCUCUUCCUUCCUUGAUGGAGAGCUCAAUCGAGUGCAGCGUAGUCCAAGCUGUCUUUCAGAUCCAGCCUGUUGAUCUGUCCUGAGUCUCUGGGCUUUGUGCCCCGUGGCACGUUCUUCUGCCUUCCCCACAGCCUUCUCCAGGGGCCCUAGAUGAGUCAGUGCACCCUGGUGGACCCUCCCAUCCCUGGAGCCCUGGUUCUCCCCACCUCCAGUUAGCUGGGCGAGGCCACCAGUCCCAUGCCCUUGGCUUCUCCUCACCCACCCCCCACCAUGACACAGUACUAUGUGAUGACAGUGAACCGGACCGGUUCUCACACGGUCCCAGAAUGCUGAGCUGAACUCGGGGUGAGCUCAUUGCAAGACCCUUGAUCCCAUCUCCAAGAAGACCCCUUUUCUGAAUGGAGACACGUUGGCAGGUCCCAAGGCUAGCACAUGGUCAUAUCUUUUGGGAGGAUCACUGUCGGGCUCAUGUCCUUCGCCACCCCAAGGCCCCUACUAACUCCUGGACCAUUCAGCGACUUCCUCGUGGGCUCCUCCUUCAGAAUUGGGUUAACCACCGCCUCUCCGGGAGGGCUGUGGAUGGGGUGGCCAGGUUCUUGGCGGAAGGAACCCCUGGGUGAGGCAUCUUCAGAGAGUGUGAGACCCUAAUGUGGUUCUGCAAAGCCAGGCAUAGUAACGACCUGCGUCCCGGCACUCGGGAGGCUGAUGCAGGGUCGUCACCGCGGGCUUGAUUGAGAUCAGCUGGGCUAUAUGCUGAGCUCUAGAGUCAGACCUUCUCAGAGGUGGGGGCACCAGAGGGGUGAAAAUCCUGAGCGCUUUCCCACAUUGGGAACCGAAAGCAGGGAGAGCAGAGGGCCAGGCUGCCCAGUAGUGAAGGCCCCACUGCAGGGCUGGCCACAGGAAAGUACUAUUGGGCAGAGGGUGCCAUCUUUGCCUGGAACCUGAUUUCUGGGACAGCAUCUCAGUUCCUUGUAGGAGAGGGGAGAAAAUGAGAUGGGUCAUGGGGUGAGGGGUGUCUUUUAAAUUGUAAAUGGCUGAAGUGGGUGGACCACGGAGGGAUGAGCCCGGAGAGGCAGGCUGUGUGGCCCUGCCCAGAACACGGUUCUCAGGUCCGGCCGGCGCUGUUCUUGGGGCUCCGUGUAAUCCCCACCACGAGGGUUUUCUCCACUUGAUGGGGGAGGAAGCUGCUUCAGGACGCCCCAGCAGGGAAAGGUGGGGUUUCAUGAAGCCAGGCAGUCUGGACCUGUGCCCCAGCUCCUGAGCCUGCACACACAUCCUGCACCUGUAGGAGGCUUCAGGCAGCCCUGGUGUGUCCCCACAAAUGGCCAGUCCUUGUGGGCAGUGAAAGAGGAAGGGGGUGUGGGGCUGGGGUGUGGAGGUGCACAGAACUCCUCAGGGGCCGGGAAACUGAUGCCACUCUGGCCUCCUGCUGCCUACCAUCUUGUAUAUUCUGCCAUGUGGGGAGAGGGUGAGAAUAAAUUUAUAAAUGAA